CUUCACCUCAACGAUAGUUCUUGAGCUUGGUUCAUCUCUUUUCUACUUCCAACUAGGCUUAGCCUAACAAUUGGAAACAGAAAUGCCUCCUAAUAUUGAACCAACACAACUGAAGCCACGAGAAAGGGCAAUGCAAAAUUUUAAGCUAAUAACAGAAGGCCCAAUCAUAUUUUUCAAAGAAAAUAUUAUUAAUCCACUUCAAGCACACAUUGACAGACCAAAAUAUUAUCAUAGACGAUUUCAAAGAGUACCAACUUUUGAUCAAUGUUAUGAAAAUGAUUAUAUUUGUCAGUUUGAGGCCAAUGAGCAGUAUCACAGGGACAGGGUAAUUGAUACCAAAAUUAUUAGGAUUUUAAGAAGACGAGCCAAGGAAUGUUUAUUCUAUGAAGGACCUAAUGCUGAUCAUCGAUGUAAACACAUACAAGAAACUUAUGAAGAUGCUGCAACAAAUUGGUUUAUCAAAUAUGGCGAUUUGACAGUUCAUAGUAAUGUUAGAGAUGCUUACAUGAAGCAAAAACACAGACUGAUCUUUGAAAGACGAAAACAAGAAUAUGAGGCUAAACAUGGAAGUAACACUGAAUAGAGUUAAAUUUAAGACUAUCAUAGUAUUUUUAUGAGUUUCGAGUGGAUUAGUUGUAUCAAUAAAAUUCAGAACUUACUUGUAAAUUUUUAUGUAGAGAUGAUAUAUUGAACCUGUACAUUUUUGAUUUUGUCUCAUAAACAGGAAUAUUUUUAGCUUAGCCAAUCAGUAAUACUGUUCAUAGCUCACCUAAACUUAGAGUCCUUUAAAUCCAUAUGUGUGUUGAAUUACUCAUGUUUAAUGACUCUGUGAUAUAUAGAAAUAUAUUUAUAGAAAUAGUAAAAUUCCCAGUUUGAAGUAAUUUUGCGAUUUUCGU